ACCCACGGGUUACAAUUUCAAAACAAUUCGAACACGCCCUGGCGCGGUUUUGCAGUUUUGCUGGGCUUUGACAAACCACCCGAAAUACUCCGAUCCAAGGGCAUCAAUCUUGACUCAAAGCUUCGUCUUUUCGCAAUCGAUUGGUAAAACUCUGUGAAAGUUGUGCGAUUCAAUCAAUGAUAAAUGGAGAAGCAGAGGCGAGUGGUGUGCCCCGAGAACGAUAAUUUGGCGGAGUUCAUGUGGAAGAAGAGGCAAGAAAUGGCGGAGAGACCUAAAGGGAUUUUGGAGAACAUCGAGAUGACUCUUCACAAAGCAUACUCCAAUGUGUGCAACUCCAAGAGCCCCAUUAGAACCCUCAAAGACUUCUCCCAAAUCAAGGGUGUGGGGAAAUGGAUUUUGAGGCUCAUGCAGGAGUAUUUUGGGACUGAUUCUGGUGCUUCUGAACAGGAGGAUAUAACAAAAAAGGGGAAGAAAUCUAAAGGAACUAAACGAUAUGUACCUCAAAAGAAUUCUGUAGCCUACGCCCUAUUGCUCUCUCUUUACAGGGGGACUGCGAGUGGUAGUGAUUUUAUGCGUAAACAGGAACUGAUUGAUGCUGCUGAAGCAAGUGGGCUUUCUCGGGUUCCAAUUAUGCCAGAAAAGGUAAAAGGAAAGCCUGGACAAUUUGGAAGUUCACCAAAGGACUGGUAUAGUGGAUGGAGCUGCAUGAAGACGUUAAUCACUAAAGGAUUGGUUGUAAAGUCUAGUUGCCCUGCAAAAUACAUGUUGACUGAAGAAGGUAAGGAAGCAGCGCGUGAAUGUCUCUUGAGAACUGGUCUGGUUGAUUUGACUGAGAAUUGGACUACUACAGAGAGACUUUCAAAUCUGGACGCAAGCAAUAUUUCAGAUUUAGAAUUUGCUCGUGCUGACAUGGCUAAAGAAGUGACAUUGGGAUCUGUUAAUUCAAGUUCGCAGAAGAAAUUAAUUGAUGUUCCGCUCGAGUCUCUAGAUAGGUUUUUGCGCAUGGGGUACUCAAAGGAACAAAUUCUUUGUGCUUUCACUGAAGUUUCAGAAACAUCGCAGAACAAGGAGAUCUCUUCACUCUGGCCGGCUGUUUUGUGUCAUCUUCGAGAAGAGCAAGUUUAUGGUUUGCCUUUGGAGUCUCACAAGACUCUAAGAGAGGAUUGUCUUGCAUCAUCAAAUACUUCCAAAUCUAGGGAUGGUCAAGUAGAUCUUUCAGUGAUUGAGAAUAGUCAGAUGGAAUCUAAUUGCAGUGGUGCAUUACAUAUUACAAACUCUUCAUGCCUUCCUGCGGGCAGCUCCUUUACCUUGAGAGCUUGCUCAUCAACUGGUUAUCCCGUGUUUAAGCCAGGUUCAGACGGUUCUGGAACUCAUAUAAAUGCUUUAACAAUGCCACCUUUAAGAUUUGGAGAGAGAUUUGAGGAAGCAUAUGAAGUAAUUUUGAUAUUGGAUGAUCGUGAGCAAUUUGCUACUCAGGGGUCUCGGUCUAGGAAAAUUAUCGAGAACAUUCGCACUGAAUUCAAAAUUCAAAUAGAGGUUAGACGAUUGCCUGUUGGAGAUGGAAUCUGGAUAGCUCGGCAUAAACAUCUUGGCAGUGAAUAUAUUCUUGAUUUUAUUGUUGAGAGGAAGAAUGUUGAUGAUUUGCGCUGCUCAAUCAGGGACAACCGCUACAGGGAUCAAAAACUACGACUUUUGAGAUGCGGACUCAAGAAGCUGAUAUAUGUGGUGGAAGGUGACCCAAAUUCAUCAGAAGCUGCUGAAAGCAUCAAAACAGCUUGUUUCACGACAGAGAUUUUGGAAGGGUUUGAUGUGCAGAGAACAACUGGCUUGGGCGAUACAUUGAGGAGAUAUGGUUAUCUUACUCAAGCAAUAACUCAAUACUACAGAUUACAGUUCACCGAAGACAAACAGAAUAGUUUGGGAGUCUCUGUCUGUCCCCCUUUUGAUGAGUUUAUUAGGAGGUGCCAAAAUUUGGAUAAGAUGACAGUCAGUGAUGUAUUUGCCAUCCAACUCAUGCAGGUAUUAACUUGAUAAACAAGUUAGACU